AUGGAAUUGGAAUAUGUUCAUCGAUGGCAAGGCAGCUUUCAUCGCGGCAGCUUCCAACCACUGGUGGGCAUCUUCAUCCAAAACACAGAUAAUGAUUUCGAUCCCUGCAGCAGCUGUAAUGCGCCCAUAUUGCUGCAGGGAAGCUUUGCCCAGGAAUUCAAGAGCUUCGUGGAUGCGGGCAUGCAAGCAAUCCUCAACACCGACACCGGCAAGAACUGGCAACCAAAAUGCAAACCUGCGACCCGUUUGGUGGUCUUGGAGGGCAAAGUGCCAAACAAUGGCGUUUGUGCUAUAGUGGAAUUCGGCGAUCAACCAGAAAAAGUGAAGAUCCAUGUCAAUCGAACUAUUGGAUGGCUCUCUUCUUCUAGCAGGGAAUUCGUACCGAGCAGAAGUAGAGAGGGGGAUUCGGCAAUGAUGAAGACGCGGUGCACCAUGAAAAACAAGGCCGAGUGCGAGCAAAUGGACGAAAGUGGCGGCAGCAUGUAUGGCAAAGGUACAAGAGAAUCGCUUGUAGAUCGCUAUUGGAUUUCACAGAGGAGCAUAGAUGCACCAAGUAUGGCCAUGACAUUGGAAAUUUUGGUGGGCGAUUUCGCCGUGGCCAAGAAGAGUUUGCAAGGCAAAUUCCAGUACGCUUAUGCAGGAGCUCAUCCUGGAGCCACUGCAGAGUUCAUGGCGGUGGAUUUUCCCACGCUGGAGGAAAAGUUCCAUCCGCCGACUUCGGGCGAUGUAGGAAGUCUGUGGGGCAGUCUCUUUGGUGCCAUGGUGUCCAUCGUUUUCAUGAUGAAUGUGUUGAUGACGGUUUCACGGCUGGUCAAUGAACGUGAGGAAAAGCGGAAGGAGGGAUUGCGCGUGGUGGGCUGCAGUGGCGUGGCCUACUAUGGUCACUGGAUCGCCUAUGCCAUGUUGCAGGCUUUUGCGUAUGCCUGGGCCAAUUCCAUCUUGUGGUUUUUCUUUCCCGGCCUCAGCUUCUUCAGCAACUUUUGGAUCUUUCCGAUCUUCUGGUGGGAUUCCUUUCUCUUCUUUAGCAACUUGGCCUUUUUCGGCUUCGUGAUGUCCACCUUCCUCAGCACCGUGUUGACCAGUCAGCUGCUGACCAUGGUGAUCUACAUCUGCAUUUGCUGCUUCUCCUUCAUGCCACCCUCGGGCAAAGAUUUUCUCUUCUUGCUCUUCCCUCAAUUCACCUACGGCAAGGCCUUGACAGUCUUCAUCACAAGGGAAUUUAACCAAUGGAGCGGGCCUGACGAUUACGGCAGCUAUUCUCUCGCCGGCACUUUCUUCAUUCUGCUGGUGGAUUGCAUCCUUUGGAUCUUGCUGUGGCUAUACCUCGAUCAGGUCAUACCGCACCAGGGAGUUGCCCAGAAGCCGUGGUUUCCUUGCGAUCCUGCGUACUGGAAAGGUGAAGAUGGCGUCAUCAAGAUGACUCCCGGGCAGCAGGGCACCGAGCUGAUGGACCGCCAGGCACGAGACCCGUGGCUGCUGCAGGAUGGUCAAACACCCGCAGAUGGAGCUGCACAGAUGCCAUCCCAAUGGCAACCAUCCCAAGCAGCAGCGGACGCUCCAACUGCUGCAGCCGCUCCAACAGGUCGGAGAUCAGUGGAUGAGACCCUGUCUAUCCAGGGCCGCAGUUCGUUGAUUGAACAAGUGGACCACACAAAUAUGGCACAAAUCCUGGCAAAAAAUUGCGUGAAGGUGGAUGACCUGUGCGUUUACUUCAAGGGCAUCUACUCUGAAGAGAUCCGUGCUGUGGAUGGAGUGAAUCUGGUCAUGUUCCCGGGCGAAAUCUUUGCACUGCUGGGGCACAAUGGAGCAGGCAAAUCCACCACGAUGUCAGCCAUUUGCGGCCUCACAGCUCCUACCAAAGGAAGCAUUGCGGUCUUUGACCUCAAGGUUCCCAAAGAUCUGGCAGAGGUCCGAAAGUCCAUGGGUUUUUGUCCCCAGCACGAUGUGCUCUUUCCAGCCAUGACGGUGGUCCAACACCUGGAUCUCUUUUCGACCCUGGCGGGUCGAACUCGGAGCGAAGAGGCCGAUGUCUUCAAAUUGGUGGCGGACAUCGGACUCGAGACUCGCGCCAACUACAAAGUGACAUCCCUCUCCGGGGGCAUGAAGCGAAAGCUCUCGGUGGGCCUGGCAUUCUCAGGAGAUCCCAAGUUGGUCAUUUUGGAUGAACCGACUAGUGGCAUGGACCCCUUCAGUCGCCGCGGCCUGUGGGACUUCUUGAAGCUCCGGCGUCAGGGUCGAGUGAUGCUGCUCACAACUCACUUCAUGGAUGAAGCGGGUGUUCUCGGUGAUCGUGUGGCCAUCAUGAGGGCAGGUGCAGUUCAAGCCUGCGGCACUGGGGAUUUCUUGAAACGCCGCUUUGGAUGUGGCUACGUGCUGACCAUUGUCAUGAAAGAAAGGGAUGAUGACCAUGAACCGGUGAAGAAGCUGGUGCACUCCGUCAUGGGCCAACGGCCCGAGAUCAGCGGUGUUGGCAAAGAGAUCUUGGUGAAUGUCCCAAUGGAGUUGGAAAGCGAAUUGUCUUCCAUGUUGGCUGGUCUAGCAAAGCAAAAGGCAGACUUGUCAGUGGCCACUUUCGGGGUAUCGGUCUCCAAUUUGGAGGAGGUCUUUUUGAAAGUUGCCAGUGGCGACCACGGCAACAAGAAGGAGCAGGAGGAAACAGAAACCUCCUUCCAACAGGCCAUGCAGGAAGUAGAAGCACCAGCUUCUGGACCGACCUUCGUCAUGCCCAACGCAGGUGGCACUAUCGGCCAGCAAAUUCGAGCUCUGUUGGAGCGACGGGCAUUCACAGCCAUGAGAGACAAGAAGACCUUUCUCAUGGGAUGUAUUGCUCCUAUUGUGAUGCUCUGCUUCGGCACCAGCUUGGCCGCCUCGAUCAUUUCCUCCGCUUCAGUUCCAGGAUUCCCAGGUGUGCCGAUUUCAAUCGAACUCAGUGAUCUGAAGGUAACCAUGGCCACGACAACCGCUGGAACUGAAGCAGCGGACGUGGUUCUGCUGCAACCAGCCACAGAGUCCAAAUUCAAAUGCGGCAGCCCUUCAUAUCCGCGCACCUGUUACACGGAUGAUGUGUCCAGCACCAUCAAGAAUGUCCCUGAUGCCUACAUCGACCGCUGCAGGUCCAAGGAUCCAUCAGCUUCAUCGACAAAGUGCAAAGAACGAUGGGUCAGGUUCCUGCUGGCUUUUGACAACCUCCUGAUCCAGAAUGCAGGCAAAAACAAAGCCCAAGACGUAGGUGUUUUGUUUCUGGAUGGCUUCCCCGUGGUGGCUUCCAACACGAGUUACGUGGCGCAUGGCCAUCCUUUAGCUGUGAAGGAAGCCUUUCAGAAGGCCACUGGCCUUCAGAUGGCAUUGACUGAGGAGAUCAUGCCGGCGACGCCCCCGGAAGAACUCUUUUACCAACAGAGGAACAUGAAGACCCAAACCUACGCAGCCUUCAUGGUGUCUGCUUUGAGCAACUACGCCUUCUGCUUUGUACCUGUGGCGGUGCUGGGCUUUGCGCUGAUGGAGAAGACUAAGGACAUAAAGCAUCAGCUGAUGAUUUCGGGCUGCUCUUCAAGGGCAUAUUGGAUCUCUAUGCUGAUUUGGGACUGUUUCUUCGCUGCCUUCCCCAUUUUGGCCCUCUACGCCUUCCUCCACCACUAUGGUUUUGAUGCCUUCAGCACCUACUGGCAGUCCAGCGUUUCCACGCUGAUCCUCUUCGUACCAGCAACCGUAGGCUUGGCAUACCUCCUAUCUCUUGCCACCUCCAGCGCUGCAAUGGGGAACGUCUUCCUGGUCGUUUGCAAUGGCAUUUGUGCUUUGAUUCUGGUCAUUGUUUUUAUCAUGUUCGACGUGGGGCUCAGAGCCACUACUGCCAUGAACGCCAUGGACAGGAUGGUUCGUGCUGGUCCAGGGUCAGACGCUGGUUUCAGCACCAUGACCAAAAUCAUGCACGGCGAGUGCGAUGGUUUGACCAUGCCCUACCUCGAGCAAUGCCAUUGGAUGUGGUUGGCCAACCUGGCGGUGCCCACCAUGAAGGUCUUUGGCUUCUUCCUCCCAGGUUUCAGCUUGGUGGAUGCUCUGAUGCGCAUCACCGGGCGCCAUGCCUUUGUGAAUAUCAUGUUGCCCAUCAUGAUCGAAAAUAUGGGCGAUGCGAUGGGCAACAUGAUUGGCAACUUCGGGUCCAGUCAGUUCGCUUCCUGUGGAGAUCUCAUCCAAGUGGAGGAUGGGUUGGAUGGUGACUGCUCCAGCUACACGAAGUACUUUCAGAGGACAACCUUGCAGCCGCAGAACUGCAUCGUGUCGCAGUACGGGUCGCUUCUGGAUCAAAACCCGUUGGGGGAUAUAGUGAAGCAGUUCACGGGCGAGAACUCACCGACUAAAGAGGAUGUGGCUAUGCUGCCACCAGCGGAGCAGCAGAAGGUCUUGGACAUGGUCCAGGCGCUUUCGUCGCCCUCGGCCCUGGCUUCGAAUUUUGCGGUGGACGGUCUGAUCACGGUGAUGCCUUCAGACGAGUCGAAGAAGUGGUUGCAGUUAAGGAAGUGCAUGCAGGAAAAGUGGCAACCGAAGGAGAACCCCUAUCUCCCACAGCAAUUCCUAGCAUCGAUCCUCUCAAGAUCUGGCGAGAUGUUGGGAGAGAGGGUUGCCAGCAAAAUCCGCGAGUUUGCAAAGUACCCUUCGAUCAAACAGAAUUUCGACAAGUUCCUGCCCCACAUUUCAGGCUUUGGUGAGUGCACAAUCGGUCCAGAGACGGGCCAGGUGCAUAUCGCAGAUCUCUUUGGGGGCUUGGAAAUUCUCAAGAACUACACUGGCAAGAACGGAGAGUUUGGACCGGUGAAGCUCAAGAUGCCCUGUGACUUGGGAAAUCCAGUUGUUGGUCCAAUCUUCGAGAUGAUAGUACGACUACCCACCAUUGGAGGGUCACAGUUGCGCCUAGCAAUCCUGUGCGUCCUCUUCCCGCUGAUGGUCAUUGUCCUUGAGUCUCUGAGUGAAAGCCCGAUGAUUGCGCGCAGGUUCACCAAGUCGAACCCUGUUCCACCAGAGCUGUUGAAAUUGGAGGACGAGGAUGUCAAAGCCGAGAAGGAGCGAGUUCAACAAGUCGAUCCACGAAAGCAGGUGAUGUACGUGAACGGUUUACGCAAGGCCUAUGGCUCUAUCUUCUCCAGCCAUGUUACACAUGCUGUGCGCGGAGUCACCUGGGCUGCUGAUCAGGGCAUGGUCUUUGGCUUGCUGGGUGUGAACGGUGCGGGCAAGACCACCUCCUUUAAAAUGAUGUCGGGCAUCUUGACACCCUCGGCGGGAGAGGUGCGCAUCCUUGGAAUCGACAUGAUGGAGGAAACCAGCAGCGCACGGCGUCUAAUUGGCUAUUGUCCUCAGUUCGAUGCUCUGAUCCACGUCAUGACGGUAGAAUCUCACUUAUACCUCUACGGCCGCAUGAAAGGCAUUACUGGCAAAGACUUGAAAACUGCAGUCGAUGAGAAGAUCAGUGAGAUGCAGUUGGAGAUGUACCGCACACGGCGGGCUGGCACGCUCUCAGGAGGAAACAAACGCAAGUUGUCGGUGGCCAUGGCUUUGAUUGGUGAGCCUCCUGUGAUCUUCUUGGACGAGCCAAGCACAGGCAUGGAUCCCUUCGCUCGACGAUUCAUGUGGGGAGUGAUCCAGGAUAUGGCUGAAAAGAGGAAACAGAGCGUGGUGGUGUUGACGACACACUCCAUGGAGGAAGCGGAGGCCCUGUGCAGCCAAAUUGCCAUCCAAGUGGACGGCCAAUUCCGCUGCUUUGGUUCCGCCCAGCACCUGAAAUCCAGGUAUGGCUCAGGAUACGAGCUGGGAGCCAAGUUCCUUCCCGUGGACAAGGACGCUUUGGCCCAGAAAGCCAUGGUCUUGCUGCCUGCAGGCCGAGAAUUGGAUCGCGGCGGGUACACCAUGAUGUCGAGGGAUGAGGCAAUCCGGGCCUUAUGGAUCGACAUGGUCCCUGCAGCCACUUCAGCCUCCGGGCCGAUUCCCGAGGGGCAACAGGAAGUUGCUGCGGAGGUGUUGGCGGAAUGGAUGGUGAUGCAACAACGCCUGGCGGAUUUGAAAGGUUUUUUCUCCUCUACGGAUGGCUUGGGACAUUUGAACCUGGGCGAGGUCAUCGUGCUGGAGAGCCACGGCUCCUCUCUGAAGCUGCGGCUGUCGGCGGCGGGGGAGGAGCAAUUACCGGAGCUCUUUGCGACCUUGAGCAAGGAAAAAGCCCGCUUUUGCCUCAGCGACUUCGCAGUAUGCACCGUGGCUGCAGUGGCUGCAGCACUUUCUGAAUCCUCCAGGACGACCGGAGAGAUGCUGUUUUCAGAGCCAAGGCCGCCUCAUCAAGAGUUCUACAGCAUUCCGUUGAUGGACUGGCUGGCUGACAAGUACAAGGACGAGUUUGACAAUUUCUCCGAGAAGAUGACCAGCACCCAGUACGUUCGUGGCAUGACCUGGCCCAAGGCUGGCACAGACUGGGGCAAGUACAAUGAUGAAAACUGGGAGAAACUCAGCUAUUGGGCGUCCAUGCGCUUGCAGACGCUCUUCCGGACAGUCUCUGGGAUGAUGCUCUACCACAAUGCGCUGCAGUGCCAUUUCGAAGCCCAGGGUGAUCGGAGGAACAAGCUGGGAGUGAUUUGGGACCCCAGUGAUGCAUUUACCUGUGUCGUGGCCAUGCAAAUGUAUACCUUCUUCAACAGCAUGCAGUACAAGCACACCAACAUCAUGUUCAAGAAGUUUCCCAAGUCCAUGAAGGUGGCCUACAUCGACUGUGAAGAUUUGGAGGAUUCAGCACAUCCAGAUUGCAUCCAUGAAGAUCAGAAGCGGCGAUACUACAGCUGCCUCAUUGAUGCCAGUUGCCCAGAGGAUGCGACUGGUCGGCGGGAGCCAAAGUACAAGAUCGAGAUUCCAGGGUAUCCCAUCCUGGGCGAUGGCAAAGGUGACAACCAGAACACAGCAGUUCCCUUCACCCGGGGCACCUACGUCCAGUGCAUCGAUGCCAACCAGGGGGCCUACUUCGAGCAGAUGCUGCUGUUGCCCAACGUUUUGGGCGAAUUUCGCUCCAAACGCCCUGGAGAUGGAGGCAGUAAGAAGAUCAUUGGCUUUCCAGAGCACAUCACCAGCGACUUCGGCUCCGUGGGCGACUUCGCGGCCUCCUCGGAGCUGGCCUUUGGUACCAUUUCCCAGCGAUCCUACUCGCUGCUUGGGGCAAAUCCCGACCUUCGCCGCGAAGUUGUGAGCUUCAGCCCUAGCCGAGGUCAACUGGAGACCAUGGCCCCGGCCCACGUCGGGGAGCGACAGACAGUUCUGAUCCGAUGUUAUCCUCAUGUUAUCUUCAAGCAUUGUUUGAGCAUCCCGCAGGUGCUACGAGCUCUUUGGGGCCUGGAAGCCAAAGGCUUGCGGCUGGCCAUUUAUCACAGCAACGCCGUGCUCAACACCUGCAGCCGCGGAAGAUGGCAGGAGGCGCUACAGCAGAUGGAGGCCAUCACCAGCGCCACCAUUGCUUUGAAUAAGUUCAGCUACACCGCCGCCCUCAGCGCUUGUGAGAAGGGAUACCAGUGGCAAAUGGCAGAGCUCCUGCUGAUACAGAUGCCCUUGCGAAAGGUCAACAACGAUACCAUUUCUUGCAAUGCCCUGAUCAGUGCUUGCGCUGCGUCCGGGGAGUGGUCGGAAGCCCUGCAUUGGCUGUGCACAAUGCUGCAUCGCGAUCAAAUCAGUUUCAAUGCAGCCAUUAGUGCAUGCCAACGCGAUGGGCAGUGGCAAGUGACCUUGGUCCUCUUGAAGGACAUGGCCGAGAUGACGCUGCACGCGUCCUCCAGCAAUUGGAACGCCGCCACUCGCUGCGCCGCCUUAGCCCUGCGCUGGGACGUGGCGUUGCAGCUGCUGCAGCGGCUGGCAGCAUCGGCACAGGCAGAUGUGGUGUCUUACACCUCGGUCUUGGGAUCCGCCACAUCAGAGUCCUGGCACCUUGCAAUGCUGGUGCUCAACGAGAUGCAAUGCGAGGCAAUUCGUGGAGACAUCGUUUCAGCCAAUGCCGCCGCCAAUGCUUGUGCGCAAGGAGGCUGUUGGCACAGCGCUUGGGGUUUGUUUCAGGAGGCAUGCCAUCGGUCUAUCGAAGCAGACCAGGGACUGGUGAGUGCAGUGAUCAGUGGCACGAGGGUCGAUGCUGAAAAAAGUCUUGAAUGCUGGGCCUUUGCUGUCAAUUUGCUCGGCCACAUGACGGAGUUGGGUUUGCAGCCCAGCAUGGUGAGUCGUUCCAACGCCUUGGGGAGCUGCGCCACGUGCAGCGCGUGGAGUCCUGCACUGCAGAUCUGGGAAGAGCAUCGGGAAUUGGACAUGAUCUGUCACACCGUCACCAUGAGUGCAUGGCAAGGUGUUCGCCGCUGGCAGGAGGCCCAGGCCUUGUUUCAUGCGCUGCCGUCCAAGCGCUUUCCUCCCGACAGCUUUGCCCAUGUGGCUGGCUUGAACUCCAAGCGGCGAGGCAGUUGGCCAUCGGCCACGGUGCUCUUGCGUUCCUUGCAGGUCAGCACGGUGGAAACGACCCCAGUGAGCCAUGGGGCUGCUAUGAGCCCGCUGGCGCGUGACGGCCACUGGCGCAACACCUUCGAGCUGCUGGAGCAGGGCCGUGUUUGUCGCAUCGACACGCCACAAGCAACCAGAAGUUGGGCGGUGAACGCCUGCAAGGAGGUGGGUGAGUGGUCCCAUGCUCUGCUGGUAUUGGAAGACCUGCAUCUGGCAACACUUCGCAGCAACGAAAUCUGCUGGGGCGCCACGGUGGGCGCCUGCAAGACCUCUUCCUGUUGGACUUUGGCUGUCGAACUGCUCCGAGGAAUGCUUACAGCCUCACUUGAAGUGGACAUGAUCUCCAGUACUGCAGCUGCAUCUGCCGUUCUGCCGGAUGCCUGGAGGCUUUCCAUGGCGAUCCUCAGCAGGGCGCAUCAGCUACGACUCUCCAUGGAUGAGAAAAGCUUCCUCCUGGCAUUCAAUGGCUUGCAGAACAGCCAGCAAUGUAUGCAAGUACUGGAUGACUUCAACGCCUCCUCCACGGCCCGCUCCGUGUCCUUCCUACCCUGGGCCUUGGCGUCGCGACGGACAGCCAAUCCCGAGGCCUUACAGUCGGCCUUUGCGGAGGCCUUUGAGCGCCUGCGCUACGAAGCUGCAGAGCCCAUGGAGCUGGCGAGUUUGUGGUGGGCUGCAUCCAUGGUGGGCGCUAGGAACCAUGACUUCAUCAAGAUCUUAAGUGAAAGAGCCAUGGAUCAAAUACAGAACUUCAGCUUCGAUGAAUUGCUGGUGGUCAUUUGGGCAGCCUGUGGUUCAGUGGUCCAGGAUGAUGAAGUUCAGAGGGCCUUUCAAAAAGAGCUGGCCGACCGAUUAGCCAACUUCGCAUGGGCCAACCUGCCACCACGCUUCCGCCACAAGAUCGCUUUGGAUGCCUUAGGCUCAAUGUGGGCAUGCACCUUUUCGGGCAGCCUGACGCAAAGUGCUUUUCAUGGAAUCCGCGCCGCGCUCGUGCGCUUGGGAGGCCUUCUGGACCGUCCAACGGGUGAUUUCCCAACGCUUCCAGAGGCGCCGUGGCAAAAGCCUGACACCGCGCCACACAUCGUGAUGGAUGCAGGGGACCGUGUGGUGCUGUUCAAACCACCCGACUGGGAAGUGCACGAUGAGAACAGCGAACUGCAAUUGGCUGGGUUCAUGGAGGCGAUGUUUGGCCCCUUGAAAAUCCUCAAGGAUGAACAACAUGAGCAUGGCUUUUUGCAUCGCUUGGACGUCCCAAGCUCUGGAUUAAUUCUAGCAGCCAAGUCGUUCCGGAGUUACUACGAUCUACAGGUGCAGCUGGUGACCCGACAAGUUCCGCGAGAUUAUUUGGUGCUGAGCCACGGUUGGAUUGUUCCGGAGCUCAUGGAGAUCACCGCGCAGGUGCUCAUCGAAGACAGGGGCCGCACCAUCUCUGGAGGUCGUGGCAAGCCGGCGCUCACGCGGAUGAAGGUCUUGGCACAUGCAAACCAUCCCUGGACUCAAACGACCUUGCUGCUGAUCCGCAUUGGCACAGGACGACGACAUCAAAUUCGAUCGCACUUAUCCCACAUCGGCCAUCCAACUGUCACCGACGGGCGCUACACCUCGCUCUGGACCUUCCUCUUGGACGCCCAGCGCUGUCCGCGGAACUUUUUGCAUCGGUACUACCUGGGCUUCCGCGACGAAAGGAACCGCUUUCGUAGCGUGUGCAGUCCACUUCCUGGCGACCUUCGAGUGUUGCUGCUGUCCUUGCAGGGCAAAACUCCAGACUGUUGUGAUCGCAUUCAAGCUUGGGCCAAGAUUUCUGAGCCAAAGGUCAGGCAUAGUCCGCUGAGACCGACGGAGGUAUUGGCAGAGGCAUGGGCUGGAGAUAUGGACCUUGAUACACGCCCACUGAGUGCUGGCGGAGUGUUUUCCAGUCCUCACAUCGAUGGUCUGCGACGUGUGCAUCGGCCUGGUUCCGCCGUGGGCUUGCGGAGCGAAGUGGGGAUGAGCCGCUUGCAGGUGCAACUGGCAGAGUUGCAAAGCAAGCUGGGCGCUGCCAAUGUGGAGGUCCAGCGGCUCCAGGAGUUGCACAGCCAGGCCCAGGCGGAUGCGGAAAUGCAACGCUCCUUGGUGGCCACGCAGAAGGCGCAGGUGGCACAGCUGCAACAGCAACUGGUUUCGCGGGUGGAAAACCAAGCCCUGGAAGAAAAGUUGAACGACCGGACUGGGAUGAUAGCAUCCAUGGAGAAGGAGUAUGAGGAGGAGAGGCGUCAACUUUCUGAGAAGGUGGCUUUUGCCGAAAGCCGGGCUUUGGAGUUGGACGCGGAGCUCAAGAGACAACGCCUGGCACAGGAGAGCGCGACAAUAGCCAUCAGUGGGGUGCAGCGCAAGAUGGACAAAAUCGUCUCAAAGCACCAGAGGGAGCUGACCGACGCGCGCCAGCAGAUCGGCUUGUUCCUGAAAGCCAACAAAUUUCCCAACGGUGGGGACCUCAGAUGUGAUACCAACGGAAAGAAAGGCGUGAUCUUCGUGACUUUCCCACUGCAUGAAGCCGUGAAGCAGAACAAUGCCUACAUGACAUCGAAGCUUCUCCUCUUCGGUGCAGAUCCCACCUUGAGAGACACCUGGGGUCGCACGGCUUAUGACUACGCAAAGGGCAAGGCCACACACGACCAGAUCUUGAAGGUGUUUCAGCUCUCGGGGCACUCUCCAUCUGCUCCGCUCCACAAGCGUUGUCUUUCGCAGCUUCAGCGCCAUCCGCCGCCCCGUGGCUUCGAGGAUUUCUUUGCGAAGCUCGCGAGGGAUCCCUUGGUGCAGGUGCCGAAUUGCGAGGCUCAGUGGCUAGAGGAGCUUGGUGCAAAAGGACUAAGGAAACUGAAGGCAAAGGAUGCAAAGGUGUGA